UCGUACGGCCCAGAUUUCUCCCGCCUGUCAUUAUAAGCCUCCCCCAUUUCCAUUUCGUAAAACCCAUUGUCUGCUUAGGGUUUUAGUCUCUCAGCGAAGCAGAGAAGGUUAUUGCAAUGGCUUUUUUUAGUAAAGUUGGGAAUAUUCUUAGACAGACUGCGAGCAAGCAGAUCAGCUCAGAAUUUGGUCCUUCAAAACUGUCUGUCUUUCAAGCUAUACGAUGCAUGUCGUCUGGGCAAAGUUCUAAAGUUUUUGUAGGAGGGCUUUCAUAUGGCACAGAUGAGCAAGGUCUGAGGGACGCUUUCUCUAAGUAUGGUGAUGUCAUGGAAGCAAGAGUCAUUAUGGAUCGUGACACUGGUAGAUCCAGAGGAUUUGGCUUUGUUACAUACACUUCUUCUGAGGAAGCUUCCAGUGCUAUCCAGGCCUUGGAUGGACAGGAUCUCCAUGGUCGUAUGGUAAGGGUGAAUUAUGCUACUGAGAGGCCUCGGCCUAGUUUUGGAGGUGGUGGCUAUGGUGGUUAUGGCAGCGGAGGCGGUGGAGGCGGCUAUGGUAACAAUGCUUUUGGUGGUGGUGGUGGUGGUGGAGGAUAUGGCUCGGGUGGUUAUGGGUCUGGUGGGAAUUAUCAAGGUGGCGGCGGUGGCGAUAGCUAUACCGGUAACUAUGGUGCUGACAACUAUGGAAGUGGUGGCACUGGUGGAGGUGGUGUUGGUUAUAACAAGGGUGGUAAUUAUGCAGGUGGAGACUUUGGCAGUACUGGUGGAAAUUACGGUGUUGCUGGUGGUGACGGUGGCAGCAGUAACUUCGCCAGUGGUGGAUAUGAUGGAAGUGCUGGACAGGGGUAUGGUGGCGUCAAUCAGUUUGGUAGCAAUGAGAGCAGCAGCGUAGGUGGUGCAGCUGGAGAUUUUAACCAGGAUGAGCCAUUAGAGGGAAACCUAAGGGAUGACGAUGAUGAUACUACUGGUGAUUUUGCCAAAAGGGCUUGAAAAAAGCCUCUGAUACAAGGAAACGAACGUGCUUUUUGUCCAGUGUCAUGAGUAGAGCGUUCUUUGUUAUAAUAGUAUUUUAGACCCCCCUCCCCCAGCCCUUCUCCUCGAACUUGUUAUUUUAUUCUUGUUGGAUUUGGCUAUUAUGAGAACUUGGAUUUGAUGCACUCUCAACUGUGUUUUCCGAAAUGAGAAACAAAAGAAUUCGCCAGAGAAUAACGGUGGUUCAAACA